CCUUUGCUGUCUAAACUCAACAGAAAAUAAGCCAAAAACAAGAAAAUAAGUGGGGAAGACUCUUUAGAAUACUACCAUGAGGAUAACAAUUAACAAGAAAUAAACAAUCAGAGCAAAGUUCUCCCUUUUCUUGGAAGGUCAGACUUAUUCAACAAACAACCCAAAUUUCCAAUCAUGAUAUAGUAGCAAGAGAUGAACAAAUGAAAUGAGUAAAGUGUAAAAAAACAGAUUACUCCAAUAACUUUUUUGCCCAUCAAAGGCCCCAGUCACAAAGGGGUACUGAACAAACUAUAAUCACAUAGCUGACUCAUUAGCUACUGUCAAAAGUCAAAAAGUUUUUCAGGAAGUUUACUGUGAGUUUCAGUUUUACCCCCAAAGAAAACAAAAGACAAAUGCCUGCUUUAUGAGGUGAAAGAUAAGGGCAGACAAAGGACAAAACAAAAGUAGCAAAAAACUUGACUGUUUAUUGGGGGAAGUUGGGAUUUUACAUUAAACUAUAUUUUUUUAAACUCGGAGGGGAGCCUUGGCGUAACUGGUAAAGUUGCUAUCAUAUGACCAGGAGGUCACGGGUUCGAACCGUGGAAACAGCCUCUUGCAGAAAUGCAGGGAAAGACUGCGUACAACAGACACUUGUGGUCCGGCCCUUCCUCGGACCCCACGCAUAGCGGGAGCUUAGUGCAUCGGUCCUUUUUUUAAAAUAUUUUUUAACCUCAUAUAAGACGCCAAAACACAGUUGGCUUCAGUUCAUAUAUCUCACAUGAAAGGCUGAUCUUUGUGGAUGAAACAGACAAAGAAUUUAAAGGCUCUUAUAACCAAAGAGUACUGUAACAGGACCUCUUCUAUCUAAUCAAGAACACUGGGGUUACACAUUCUUACCUAUUUCUGGAGUGGGACACCCUCCUUGUAUUUCCAUUUCAGAAGCUGCUUCUCUAUUUAUGAGGUAGACACUGAGAGUAAAGAGGAUGGUAUUUCAGGUGUGACAGAUAAGUAUUAAUAAGUGAAAGAACGAAGAGAAUCCUACAAUCCCAGUCUAUCUUGCUAUUGUGCUGCACCUAGCUAAACAUGCAUUGAGGAAUGAGUAAAGAAGAAGAAUGCAGCAGUAAUGAGUCCGGUUGGACAAUGUAUAUCGGUUCACCUUAUCGUGACUAUAAUCAUGUUGAAGAUGACGACGACGAUGAUGAUGAAGGAACUCCGAGGAAGGGAUACAAAAAUCUUGAUUAUAUUGAAGAAGGUGGUGGCAGUGACGACUCCAUGACUUCUGACGCUUCAUCUGGUCCAAGUCAACAAGGAGUAAGCACAAGCGUAGAGCAAAGUUAUCGGAAACAUGAAUUCAAGCAUGCAGAAGAAGACAACAGGAAGUUCACAAGCAAGGAACAACAAAGACAAGCGAAGAAGAAAAUAUCUGAUAAGAAUGUAAAAGCAGCAAAAGAAGAUCCAGGUCAUAAAGCAAAGAGUGGCAAAAGUUAUGGUUAUUGCAGUUCAACAAGGGAAAAGCAUGGAAAUUAAGGGCUAAACUGAGAUACCACAAUCACUGUAAAUCCUUCUUAUUUGAUUCUUCACCGUCGGCCAUUAGUCCAUUUCUGAUAUCAGAUUUUGGGUUGAUAUCUUGAAGGGAGUAUUUCACUUUUUUAUUUUAGUUCCGACGGUGAAAGAAGAAAUCAUGUAAAAGAUUGAGCAAACCUACUUGGCUCAUGAACAACAAAUGUAAUGCAUCACAUAUCCUAUAAUGUCAAGAUUUAAGAGUGUCGCCGAUGAGGUAUAUUUGCAUCUUUCUUCUCAACCGAUAAAUUUCCUCAAUCUAGUCAGCCUAUGAUGGCUAUUGGAAUUCCAAUAAAAGAAGCAGGAAAUUGUGGAA